AUGCGUCUUCUCCCCCACAGUGUGGUGGUAUGCACGUCCAACCAACCUGACGAUGGCCCACGGGCCAUGACAAUGUCAUCGUUUACCUCUCUUACACUUACACCGACACCUCUUGUUAACUUCAACAUUGCGAUACCGAGCAGAACGCUGGAUGCUAUAAGAGCGAGCGGGGAGUUUAACGUGCACGUUCUCUCUGGGGAUGAGCGGGGCGCAAGUGUAGCGAGUCACUUUACAAAGGGUAAUGUUGGCGGGCAUGCAUUCCAAGGGCUUGAUUAUACUCAAAACGGUGAUGAAGCACCUAUUUUGAAAGAGGAGGGCGUCAUGUUUGCACUACGGUGUAGGGUGCUAAAGGAUGCACCUGAAGAGGGUCUUAUGAGAGUGAGAGAUCAUGUCAUUGUGGUUGGAGAGGUGGUGGAGAUGGUGAGAGUUGAAAAAGAAGAGGAUGAGGAUUUUGGACUUGUGUAUGCGGAUAGGAAAUAUAGACAGGUUGGAGGAGUGUUGGAGAUGUAA